AGUCCAAAAUUCCUCAGACGAAACAGAUCCUAUCCCUACUUCUCUUGUCUGUAAUUUUCUCCUCUUUUUCCUUCAUUUUCUUCCAUUUUCUUGCUGCCAAUCACCUCUUUCUUCGUUCAAGUUAAAGUUUUGAUUAGUUUUAACUCAUGUGGUUUCAGCAGUGAGCAAAGCCCAUCAAGGAUUGGAGUGUGAGUUGAACCGAGUAGUUUCACUUAAAUUUUCCUUAACUUUCUUGAAGUUUCUCUCUCUCCAAACACCAGUUUCGUGAUUUGGUUUCGAGAUCUGACUGAAUCUGAAACUUGGGUAUUGAAGAGUAAGCAAAACCCGUCGAGGAAUUCGUGUAAGUAACCUUCAAACAAAGCCCUUUCCCUUCAAAUUUCUUACAUUUUCUCUGUUGCCAAAAAGAUAACUUUUUAUUAGGGAAAUUUGAAGAUCUGAUUAGGUUAGGGAAUUGGCAAUUUGAGAUUAGGCAAAUCCCAUGAACGAAUCAAAUAUAAGCACGGAGCCAAUAGGCCAGAAUUUGAUAAAACUUAUAAGCAACCUAUGUUUCUCAGUCUUUGUAUUCUCAGUUCUUAUUUUUACAGUAAUUGCUAUCACAUAUCAGCCUCCAGAUCCAUGGCUUGAAUCUGCGCCAGCUUUAACAAAGCUAUUCACUCAAACUGAAAAUGCUACUUUUAAGGAUGACAAAUCUAUCCUCAAAACUGGUGAAGAUUUGCCACUUGUUUUGGGCGCUGCUGCUUCACCUGUUAGUUCCAUCACUGAAGCAGUGAUUGAGAAAUCUGAGAAAGAAAUAAAGAAUUUGACGGUCAUGGCCGAAUCGGAGUGUGAGGACUUGAAGGUAGUAAAUUGUUCUAACCCGCGAGUGUUGAUCGCGGUUGAGAGGUUUAACUUGAAGUAUUUUAAGUCGAUUGUGUUUCUGGAGUAUAAAACUCCGGUUAAUGGGUCGAAAUCAAAUGAGUGUGACGUGGCUUGGAGGUUUAGGAACAAGAAAGAGAAGUCUUGGAGGAGGUAUAGGGAUUUUAGGAGGUUUAGAUUCGGAAUUGGGGAGAAUUGUACUUACAAAGUUGUGUAUGCUAGUGGUUGGCAUUCCGGUGUUAAUGCCAGGAGGAUGUUUAGGAAUAGAUUUAAUACCACCAGGAGUGGUGUGAAUGCCAAAGUUGCACCGACAAUUCGUGAUGAUGAGAUCAAUGACACAAUCCCGACUUUGGGAUCAGAGAUGAAUUUUCGGAAAGGGAGGUACUUGUAUUACUCGCGUGGAGGAGAUUAUUGUAAAGGAAUGAAUCAGUACAUGUGGAGUUUCUUGUGUGGUUUGGGAGAGGCUAUGUAUUUGAAUAGAACAUUUGUAAUGGAUUUGAGUGUUUGCUUGUCAGCAACUUAUAACCCGAGCAAUAAGGAUGAGGAGGGGAAGGAUUUUCGAUUCUAUUUUGACUUUGAGCAUCUUAAGGAGGUGGCAUCGAUUGUGGAGGAAGGUGAGUUUUUGAGGGAUUGGAAGAAAUGGGAUCGGAGUCAUAAGAGGAAAGUGCCAACUAAGAAAGUUGUUACACAUAAGGUUACACCAAUGCAACUUAGGAAAGAUAAAAGCACAAUUAUUUGGAGGCAGUUUGAUGCUCCAGAGCCGGAGAAUUAUUGGUAUAGAGUGUGUGAAGGGCAAGCUGCAAAAUACAUUCAGAGGCCAUGGCAUGCAUUGUGGAAAUCCAAGAGAUUGAUGAAUAUAGUCACAGAGAUCAGUGGGAAAAUGGAUUGGGAUUUUGAUGCGGUUCAUGUGGUUCGAGGAGAAAAAGCCCAAAAUAAGGAGCUCUGGCCCCAUUUGGAUUCUGAUACAUCACCUGAUGCUCUCCUUGCAAAGCUGCAAGGAAUGGUUCAACCUUGGAGACAUCUGUAUAUUGCAACCAAUGAACCAUUUUAUAAUUACUUUGAUAAAUUAAGGUCUCAAUACAAGGUUCAUUUGCUUGAUGACUACAAGGAACUGUGGAGUAAUACAAGUGAGUGGUACAACGAGACCACAUCUUUGAACAAUGGACGACCAGUUGAGUUUGAUGGAUACAUGAGAGUUGCUGUGGACACUGAAGUCUUUUACAGGGCAAAGACACGAGUGGAGACCUUUUAUAAUUUGACUAAAGACUGCAAGGAUGGAGUUAAUACCUGCUGAUCAGGUUGGCGUCCGCUCUUGUUACCUUUAGCAUAAAGAGAUUCACAUCUCAAUAGUAUGUUUUAUUGUAUCUUGAUUCAAUCAUAGAACGGAAGUUUUGAGUUUACUUCAGGCUUGUUAUUUCAUUUGCAGUUCUUUCAUUUUAUUGAUGAUUGGUGAUUCUUGUCGAUCUGAAAGCCUGUAUCUGUAACAUAGAUUCAACUUAUAUUGAGUUUCAUUUUGUUCU